UUAUUGGAGUGUGGAGCAAUCGGCCGGUCUGCAGUCGGAGACUUGCAGGCAGCAAACACGGUGCGAACGAACUGGAGGGGGGGAAUAUAAAAAAAGCUAAACGUGGAGCAGCCGGCCAGGGACCGAGAAGGGGAAUUGAUGCAAGGAGGGCAAUAAAAAAAAAACACUUCGGAGCAAACAGCAUUUAAAAAAGCUACGAUUCAAGAUAACUGAAACCUAAAAUAAAACCUGCUCAUGCACCAUGGUUUUUCAAACUCGGUACCCUUCAUGGAUUAUUUUAUGCUACAUCUGGCUGCUCCGCUUUGCACACACGGGGGAGGCGCAGGCUGCGAAGGAAGUACUACUGCUGGAUUCUAAAGCACAACAAACAGAGUUGGAAUGGAUUUCCUCUCCACCCAAUGGGUGGGAAGAAAUUAGUGGUUUGGAUGAGAACUAUACCCCAAUACGAACAUACCAGGUGUGCCAGGUCAUGGAGCCCAACCAAAACAACUGGCUGCGGACUAACUGGAUUUCGAAAGGCAAUGCACAAAGGAUUUUUGUAGAAUUGAAAUUCACCCUGAGGGAUUGUAACAGUCUUCCUGGAGUACUGGGAACUUGCAAGGAAACCUUUAAUUUGUACUAUUAUGAAACAGACUAUGACACUGGGAGGAAUAUAAGAGAAAACCUCUAUGUAAAAAUAGACACCAUUGCUGCAGAUGAAAGUUUUACCCAAGGUGACCUUGGUGAAAGAAAGAUGAAGCUUAACACUGAGGUGAGAGAGAUUGGACCUUUGUCCAAAAAGGGAUUCUAUCUUGCCUUUCAGGAUGUAGGGGCUUGCAUAGCUUUGGUUUCUGUCAAAGUGUACUACAAGAAGUGCUGGUCCAUUAUUGAGAACUUAGCUAUCUUUCCAGAUACAGUGACUGGUUCAGAAUUUUCCUCUUUAGUCGAGGUUCGAGGGACUUGUGUCAGCAGUGCAGAGGAAGAGGCGGAAAACUCCCCCAGGAUGCACUGCAGUGCAGAAGGAGAAUGGUUAGUGCCCAUUGGAAAAUGUAUCUGCAAAGCAGGCUACCAGCAAAAAGGGGACACUUGUGAACGUAAGUAAUAUGUGCUAUUAAAACUCUAUUUUGCAAUUUUUUCUAUAUCAAUAAAAAUAAUAAGUAAAUCUGCUCUAUACAAGCAGUCCAAUUCAGUAGAUCUUAAACAAAGUCACUUCACUAUUGAACUUAACUGAUUAUCCACAGUCGUAUCUGCACCAUAGGUGUGCAAUAAACAUUUGUGAUAAUGAUAUUUGUUACCAAAAUUUAAGUUGUCCUAUGCUUGACAUGGAAGUCCACAGUUACACAUUGGGUUACGGAGUUUAAGAAAGGAAAUUGGUAGGCAGAUUUUAGCCUGGGAAGACUGAGGUGACAUUAAUUAGGAUUUAAUCAGAUGUGAUUUCUCCUGUUUUUAAACCCAUAUUAUCUGGGCCUGCGAAUAGCAGAAAACGGCAAGUUAAGGGGGCUGCUAACAGAGUUCUAUUGACAGGCCAGGCAUAAAGAAAUAAAUUUACAAUCUUUUAUAAAUACUAAAACUUUGAUAUAAAAUCAUCAAAUUUCAUUUAAUAAAUCUCUGUGGUUACUUCUGCCAAAGCUAUAAUUCUUUUCUGGACUAAAUAAUAAAAUGACCACAUUUUUGUGGAAGUGGGCCAAAGUAAAGUUUUAGUUAUUUAAGUACAUCAGCUACAUGUUUUCUUUUUGUUUUGAAGCAAUAAUAGCAUAUGAAUUCGUAAACCUUUUUCUUUGUUUCAUAAAACUGGAUUUUUCUCUUAAUAGAGUUUUGUGAUCUAAUAUUUAAAACUGUCACAUGAAUCUUCCAAAUUGAUAAAUAUUUUUUCUGGUCAUAGAUAUCCUGAAAAAUAUAAUAAGAUUAUAUUA